AUGUCGCAUGUACCAGCAUGGAAGCGAUUGGGCCUGAAGCUCAAGUAUGCAAAGGAGGAGCCCAACCAUGAUCUUUCACAACACAAACAAUCAAACAGAGCUGAGCCACUCGUAGAUGGGAAUGUUGCUGAGCGACCAAGCAAGCGUCAACGUAUAUCUCAAGAUGGUCAGCACGCUACAGAGAGGCUGAAUGGUCACCAAGAGAGCCCGGCAAAGACUUCUGGAGACUCCGCACCAAUAGCCCCGGUUAAUGGUGCUCAGGGGAAAAGGCCAUCGCGAAAGUCUGUCUCUUUCGCAGACGACACGAAGGCUGAAGAUGGUGAUUCACGGAUUACGAUCGAUUUCCCUGAGAAUCUGCCUGGCUCAGCUACCACACAGUCCGCUAAACGAAAGCUUGGAGAUACAGACAGUACAUUCGAUACAGAGAACCUGAGACCUGUAUCUAUAGCUACAACACCCAAGAAGAAGAAGAAGAACAAGGACCGCGUUAAAUCGAGGGGAGAUUCGGAGGCUCGAAACUCAGUGCCUAAAGGCAAGAAGGCUCUGGCACUCGACUAUCUCUCCUGUCAUAAGACAAACCGGCGUGACUGGAAGUUUAACAAGAAUCGUGAUGUGUGGGUGCUCAGCCAUGCUCUAAGCACUGUAGACAUUCCAUCUUCACACACAGUUGCAUUAGCAGGAUAUGUGGCUGGCCUGCCCAGCAAUGCCGCGGCACGGCAACGUCUCGUUGAGCAAUGCAGGAAUUCUAUGAAAGAGGAAACUGAAGUCAUGGAUGAUACAUCAGACCGAAUGGCGCUGCUCAACCUCGUCGAAGAACCAAAUAGUAACGACGUUAAUCAAGACGGUCUCUUCGAACGAUAUCCUCGCGCCCAGAUUCUACUGUGGGCUCUCAAGGAAGAUACAAAUGUCACCAGAAAGGAAGCGGCUCCUACAUUUGCAACAUCCACUGUACCAUUACCACGCGUGAGGAAGAACAAAACGAGGACGGCCGUUGCCAGUGUGUCGAGUAGUGAAAGCGACUCAGAAAGUGAUUCGUCGGACAACUCGCAGCAUUCUAGCUCUCGUAAUAAAGUUCAUCAAGUUGUCCCUAAUCGCAAGGCGGCGGUUGAAGAAACUUCUUCGUCAGGGAGUUCUAGUACGGAUGGCGACGAUGAUACAUCGAGCAAUGCAGAUAGUAGCAGUAGUAACGAUAGUGAAUGA